AUGUCCCUGCUCACCCACUUUGAAGAAACCAUCCUUCUACAUUCUUUUGCAAUUCAUAAGACACAUACUUUUGAGGAUAUACGUCGUUACCUUCGUCCGCACUGUGACGACGAAGCCCAGUGUGAUUCGUCCGUGGUUCAGCUCGUCUACCAGAUGCAGGAGAUAGGUUUUUGCAUCAUUAAUGUGCCGUAUACCGGCUCGGUCGUCGGGGGCUCAAAAAAGCCACCCGUUCAUCCAAACAACUCUCGUCGUCGGCACGCAACAGCCUCACCGGAAACGCGAGCCGUCAAGAGACUCAAAUCAUAUCAACACCCCCUCCCUCUUUCUAUAAGAGAACAGCCUACAUGGGCGCAGGUGCAUAACUGGUCUCAUCCGACACCAUUUUUAUCCGCUACAAAUUCCGAUCUCGAAUACUUAUACCGAGUCCUUCGAAUACCUCCGCAAGGUCGCAGUCAUCCUGGAAAACCCGACGAAGGUGUCAUUUGCGGCUCGGCACGUCGGGCAGAUAUCGAGCCAGGGUACAAAAAAUCGAUAGCCGGAUACUACUCUCGCAAGACAUUGAUGACGCGAAAGAAGGCAUAUACCCAUGUACAAGGAGUCUCAAAGCUCAUGUACUUCAUAUAUCAACCAUUGGGCGAGAGGGACAACACCUGGAGAUCCGAUGAGAGUCAUACACAGAGAGAGAAGGUGGUCGCCUUGAUAUGUCAGGCGCUCUCUCUGGCAUCAGACAAGGUCGAUUAUGUCUUUCCGGUCGAAAUUGGCCACGGCCGCAACAAGCCCAAACUCGGUUAUCCGGCACAUCAUGCAAUCGUUUUCCGCCUUAUAAACGGGAAGGAGUUGCUAGUUCCAUUGAAGCUUGACCUGCAUAGUUCUAGCAAUCAGCCAAGCGUGACCGGCAUGGAGACGUGGCAAACUGAGUAUCUACCGGAAAAUACUACGAGGAUUCGGAAAUUCUGCGAUUCGCCCGUACUCAGCGUCUCCGAUGUCGAGUUGGUACGCGACGUCCACGAGAUCCUCCGCAAGGACAGGCUUCAGACCAAAGACCACUUCUCGUCCCCAAAUGGGGAGUGGAAGGCACGCAGGUUUAGCUCGGUCUGGUAUGUGAAAGAUUGCCUCGGGCCAACAGGCUCGAGGUCACCGACACUAUUGUUCAGCCCAAACUGGUUCUGGGAAUCGAUUCAAUCGUGGGACCGAUUCAGGACACUCUCUAUACUGGUCGAUCGACUCACCUAUCUCGCUCUGUCUGUGCAGUGGCUCUCCGCGGACGGGCCGCCUACGGUACCAUUCCAAGCAGUUGCCCUCUCCGAGUUCCUUCUCGAGAAGCAAGGUUCUCAUCAUUCCGACGUGCCGGCAUGGGCCACGCAACUCUCUCGGACUCGGGCAUCUGCUGUCUGCCGGCCACUAUCGGUUGAUGAUAUUGUCGACGAUGAAGGCGAUAUCGACUUCAACCAUUCGAUCGAGCAAAAGCAAGAUCGUUCAGUUACAAACAUCGAGCGGGCAACAAUCCGUCCGGAUUGGAACGUUGACGGAAGAGCGUCUUGUGCCGCACUGUGGGAUUGUACCUUACCGCCAGUGCUUGGUACUGAAAAUUGUCAGUAUCAUCAGGGUGCACCCCGCGGCGGCAUUCUGCCACAGAAAGAGCUUCACGGUCCUAGAUCAGAGCGUUGGACUCAACAGCUGCGAUUGCUAAAGCAUAUUGCAGGAAAUAACCCAGAGCAGCUGUUCAUCAUUGAUGUGGAAUACCAGAUCUUCAACUACGCAUGUCCGGUCGCCUUCCAGAUUUGCGUGAAACGUUACAACGGCGAGGUCAUCAUAAGUGACACGGUCGACUACGAGGGCCGCACUAUCGAUGAGCUCAUCCGCCUCUAUUAUACAGUCUCCCCUCCCGGCUUCCGCUUGCAUCCUCUACACGAACAUAGGAUCCGGAGAUCAUUUGCGCGGUUUUAUCCUACAGGUCGCGCAGUCGGUUCCAAGUUCACCUCAAUGAGAAACGACCUUCUCACUGCGGGAUUUACUCUCGCGAUCAGCAAAUGCAUCUCAUAUUGUACGACACUAGACAUGCAAGUCCUAUGGAAGAUCAUCUUGGCGAUCGACUUCCCUUUUAUCGCGCCGACCCCGAAGACCGAUCUGCCCGCCUGUUUCCAGCCUGUCAAUAUUUUUGCAAUCCUGCGAGAGAUGAUCGCACUCGACAGUUACCGGCUGCAAGAUGUUUAUGUUGCUCUGUUUGGUGGAGGAAAUUAUCCCUGGCAUACAGCUGAUUUCGACGUAUAUGCUGCGGAGGGUUUGGUGCGGAGGAUGGCUGCAAUCUAA